UGGAGAUGCAAGUUCAUCAAAAAUAAAAACAAUCACCCUCAAGGAGCUUACAUGCUAGUGGAAAGAUAAAGCAUAAAAGGGAAGUGAAAAGGUUCUGGGAAAUAAGCUAUCAAAGUUUGGAAGGAUCUUUUACUCUUGUAAAGAACAUUGCAUUGAUUCAUUCACAUAAUCAAGCUUUAUUCAGUCCAUUACAUUUUCAGGCUCAUAUAAGUAAACAUUCCACUGCAACUGACAAAAUUAUUUUGACAUUUUUGUUUUUCCUAUAAAAAGAAAAGAGGAAGCAGACAGUAACUUCUUUCAAUGGUGAUAUAACGAGAGUAAUCUUCGAAUGUGAAAGCAUUCCAACUUUCAAACAAUUAUUUUGGAAACAGUCACAUUAUCUCAUAGUAGGUAGGAAGCUCAAAGGCCAUUGUGUAUGGUAUAUUAAUAAAAAUUUCCUCUACGACAACAGAACACUCAGUAGUUUCUGAAAGAUGACAAGUGGUUAUCUAGAUCAAAACUUCUUAAACUGUGGGGUUAAGCCUCCAUAUGAGGUCGCAUAACUAAAUGUGGGGGUUGUGAAAAAUUUGGCAAUAGUAAAAAGGUAUCAAAUAUUCUACCAAGAUUUAUGUAAAAAUAAACAAGCACAUUCAUCUCAUUAGUUUGCAAAUUUGCUUUCAUUUUUAAUAGUAAAAUUAUAUAUAUAUAUAUAUAUCUCAAAGAAUUGUUUUACAUUUCUUGUGAUUAGUAAAUGUUUGAUUUGUAUCUACCUUUAUAUCUGAGGUUGCAUAAAAAUUUAUUGGGCCAAAAGAGAUCAUGGGUAGAAAAAGUUUAAGCCUUGGUCUAGACUUCCCUUAAAUACUUGGAACAUGUUCAAGUUGCCCAUUCCUCUAUUAAAGAUUUCUAAUUGAGGGGAAGUUUUUGUACAAUCAAGCCCACCAUCCAACUUCCAUUCAUUGUUCUUAGCUCUUCCUUCAGGAACCAACCCUAAAUAAGGUUGAGCUUUCUUCCACUGGGCAACACUUAUUUUAAACACUUGAAGAUAGCUAUCAUCUUCUCCACUUCCCACCUUCCAACCCUCUCUCCAGAACUUUCAACACUCAAAGAGUCUCACCUUAUUCUCCUCCAGACAUUCUUCACAUUGUUUUCCAAAAAACAUGGGAGCUACAUUUUAAAAUAUUUUAUAGAAAAGUUGAUAGCUACAGACAAUUAUGUACAAAGAACAAUUGGCUACAGCGUUUUGCUGGCAAAAGCGAGCCCUAAGAGACUUUGAGAAAAUAUUGGUAACUGGGACAGGUUAUCUUAAACUGAUCAGACUUUGGAAUAUUCCAAAUUACACUUGAAGUAAAAAUUGGCUUCUGGAAGUUGAUCAUAUUUUAUGGUACUCAGACAACAAGGGCAAAGGAAAUCUGUUCUUUUAACUCUUCCCUGUUUCUUAAGUUCUCUAAAUUAGAUAAAAGAUGCUCCGAGAAGCCACAGUGUUAGAAUUGGAAAAGUUGGGGAAUUGUCCACAAAAAGACUUCUCAAAGCCACAAGAUAGAUUGCCAAAAAGGGAAAUUGGGGGAAAAUGGGAUUCUUGAGAAACCCUUAGUAACUGGUUAUAGGGAUCAAUCUAUGAUACUUCUGAAGCUGACCUCAAUUUUAGGGAGCAGCUAGCAUGCCAAGAAUAGAUUGAACAAAAAGUGUUCACUGAAUUUUCACGGUGCUUGGUAAUAAGAAAUCAUGCAUGACCUUGAGAAAAAGUCUCAUUGGAGUGAAGGGAUAGAAAGAAGCCAGCUUCUGAGUGGUGUAAUGGAUAAUAUUGAAAAUGGAAGAACUGAGACAAGUUGGUAUAGAUAUCAACACUUUGGAAAAAGGUGUUCCGUUCCCUUUUUGAGAGAGGUGAGAGAAGAGAUGCAUUGUGGUUUGGACUUAAAAGUAUUAGGGAAAACAGUUAUAUGAAGACGUAUUAUCAGUAAAUGAUUUGUACACCUAUCUUAUCUACCGUUAUAUCUGGGAUUGCAUAAAAAAUUGGGUGAAAAGGGGCCACGAGUAGAAAAAGUUUAAGUCCUGAUCUAGAUUUCCCUAAAUACCUUCCUUAAAUACCCAUGGUCUGCCCAAGUUAUCCAACCCUCUUUUAUAGAUGGCUGAGACUACGGGAAAGGCAUUUAACUUCUUAAUGGCCCCACACAGCUCCCUAAGAUUAGAUUAUAAUUUACCCCAGGGCUACUCUUCUGAAUUAGCGAAGGACUUUCCAAUCAUGACCUUCAGGUAUUUCAAUAAUUUAAAGAUCCUCUUCUGGAAAUAUUUUUCAGGUCAGUUGUUCUUUUUACUUGGCCCUCUCCUAACCAAACACAGUCCUUAGGGCAGUGCCUCGCCAUAGAGAUUGCGACUGGUCUUCAGAUUUCUUGGAUAGGAGGAAUUCCCCCGAGGUGCAGAUAAGGUGGCACCGGCUCUACAGCUGGGGCCUUCAAGUCAUCUUAGAGCCCUAAGCACCUUUAACCAAGUCAUGAAUGGAACCCAACUUAAGUUUUUCCACCGGACAAAGGGAGUGCGUCUCUUCCCCACCCCCUGAACUCUGGGGUUAUUUUCUAAAGGCAUGGCCCGCCCGCUCCAAGCCAGCAACUUCAGGGGGGUUCCGGAAAGGGGCUCCCGCGAUGGGAGUCCCAUCUCCCCUCUCCUGCUUCCUGGUCCAGCUAAAGGCUACAGAGCGAAGCCUUCCCAGCAGCUCCGAAGUAAAGCAAAGAAAACCUUCGGGCCCCGGUUCCGAGGGCUUCAGGGCGACCCGCUGCCGGGGAAAUCUCUUCCCCGCCAAGCUAGGGCAAGCACCGGUGCCGGGCAUCAGGAACUGCAAGCAGGAGUCCAACCCUCUCGCCGGCUCCCACGUCAAACGCCGGACGUCAGAAGAAACAUUGUAAUGUAUCAAAACAGCGCACCCCGCGAAUCUCCCCGGCAGCUGCGGCAGCUGCAGCUGGAUUUCCCCUCCCCCACGACCCACUCCGAGUAAAACAAGACCCGCACUCCCCUUCGCAGGCCUCGGGCAGUGCACAAGCAGGACCGGCCUCCCCUCGGCUCAAAGAGGGGGCUCUCUGGGCCCCUCGAGAUACCGGCUGCAGCUGCAGCACCUCGCUCGGAACAUCUCCCAAACCGGUCCCCGCCGGGACAGUCUGCCGGGCGCGCCGGAGUCGGCAGCCCGGGGGAAAGUGGGGGGGAAGGGAGAGAGGCAGGGCGCGUGCGCGCCAGCUCGUGCCCGGGCCACCGCCGAGAAGCGGCAGCUUCCCAGAGCCCCGGCCGAGCUGCGGCGGUUGCUUUUGCGAGUCUAUUAGCAGGCGCGUGGUAGCGAUGGCGGCUCUCUGGGAGACUUCCCCGUCACUGGAUACUACUCCUCCCGGCCCGCCGGCGGCGGCUCCACCCCACCCGCCCCCGCCCCCGCCCCCCCUCGCCUUUAGUUUACAAGUAGCAAUUUCCCCGGCUGGUGCCGCGGGUCCGGAGCAAGCCGGGGCGCGCGCCGCGGGCCGGGCGCAGCCACACUCCCCGGAGGAGCCCAGAGGCGAGCACCCACAUCCCUAGCCGGCCGGCCGCCCGCCCAGGCCAACAUGGGGCUGAAGGAGAGGCUGAGCAAGGAAUGGUUCAUGUUCUGCAUCCUGCUGGUCAUCGUGCUGGCGAAGAUGGAUCCGUCCGUUGGGGCCAAGGGCGGACCACUGAAGCCCGAAACAACUAUAACCUACAUUGCCGUUUCAACGAUAUUCUUUAACAGUGGACUAUCACUAAAAACAGAGUUUACAAACAGUUGGUUGCAUGCCGCCUCCUGUUUCUUCUGCAGUGAUCUUAACCAAAGCUGUUGGUGGGAAUGA